CCCUCUCUCUCGCUGCCUUUAUGCCCUUUUGUUUUCAGUCUCUAAGCGCCGAGCUGCUGCUCUUGUCGCCGCUGCGCUCCUCUUCCCCGUUCGGGAGGAGGAUCUCUCAUUCCGGAACCUUUUUUUUUUUAAUUCGUUAGAUCAUUUUUUAUUUCGAUUACUUACUCCAUUUUUCUUUGGAUAUUCCCUGACUGCAAGUACCGUACCUUCCCUUUUUCAGCUGAGGACGGUCACCUGCGCUGGAAAAGAAACACUGAGGGGCUCUACAUUCCUGGAGACAACAAAAGCGAGAGAUGCCGCCACCGUGUCAGCCCAGAGUAAAGAUGGCCACUCAUGGAUGUUGGAUUCGACUGCUGGUAGUCCUGGCACCAGUUCUUGUUGCCGGUAAUACAGGAGGAGUGAAACUGGUCAACAUGAAAAGAGUGACACACCAGACGGUGCACGCAGGCCUUGCAGAGACCACUUUCCUUCCGUGCAUCUUCACUUUACGGCCAAGCCCCUCACGAGAGCCACCGCGCAUCAAGUGGACCAAGAUAGUUUCAGAAGGAGGGGUCAAAAAGGAGAUCUCUGUGCUCGUGGCCAAGGAUAAUGUCAUCAAAGUCAAAAAGGACUUCCAGGAUCGAGUCACUCUGCCUGGCUACCCAGAUAACCGAUACAACGCCACCAUGGCCCUCACUAACCUGCACACCUCAGACAGCGGAAUCUACCGUUGCGAAGUGGUGGUGGGUAUAGAUGACGAGGAAGAUACGGUGCCCCCUGCAGUCAGUGGUGUGGUGUUCCAUUAUCGCUCUCCCAGUGAUCGGUAUGCCCUCACCUUUGAGGAGGCCCAGCGGGUGUGCCUAGAGAACUCGGCCAUCAUUGCCACUGUCGAGCAGCUGCAGGCCGCUUUUGAUGAUGGUUACGACAACUGUGAUGCUGGCUGGCUGGCUGACCAUACAGUCAGAUAUCCAAUCAGAUCACCCAGGCCUGGUUGCUACGGAGACAGAGAGGCCCUACCUGGCGUGAGAAAUUAUGGGCCAAGGGACCCCAAGGAGCUCUAUGAUGUAUACUGUUAUUCCAGACAGCAGAGUGGUGAUGUCUUUCACACUACCAUCCCCCAGAAGUUGAGUCUUGCCACAGCAUCCACGCAUUGCCACUCCUUGGGUGCCCAGCUGGCCACCGUUGGGCAGCUCUACCUAGCAUGGCAGAAUGGGUUUGACCGCUGUGAUCCAGGUUGGCUGGCUGAUGGCAGUGUGAGGUACCCCAUCACACAGCCACGGAGAAACUGUGGUGGGGACACUCCUGGAGUGCGAACAGUCUACCAGCAUGCAAACCGGACAGGCUUCCCGGACACUAUGUUGUUGUUUGAUGCCUACUGCUACAGAGGAGCUUCUCAUCGAGCAGUGGCUUCGGCAGCAGGUCUGCAACUGUCAAAAAAUUCUGGCAACUCAAGUUCUGCCAAUGUGGACCAAAAGUGGACUGGAUCCACUGAGGAUCAGACAUGGCAAACGUUUUCUUUAGAACAAGAAGUCCAGAUGGGUUCCUCUUCACAGAAUGACUUGGGUGCUUCUUCUGCACGAAAGAGUGCAAUUCUAGAGGAGCAGAUGAACGCCAUUGGGUCGAAUGACUCUUCAGAGAUAUCUGCCGAGCACGUUACCUUUCAUCUGCGGCCAGGGCAGAUCAAAAUUGACGAGGAUGAGCAGCUCAGUCUGGCAUCUCAGAGUUCUCUGCAAUCAGAAAAGCUGCCAGAAGAUCAACAGGAAUUUCCAGUAGGCAGGCAGAGUAGCCUCUCCUUGGAAAGUCAACCAGAGCCUCAAGCAGAUGAGUCUGUCAAUCUGCUGUCCACUCUGGUCAGUGAAGCAGAGCAGAAAGAUCACUGGGAUGAAGGCCACCGACAGCAAAGGGGCUUUAUGGGUGAUCUCUCAGGGCAUCCUACAAAGGAUCAGGGGUCACUGGAAUUGGGGCAAAAAGUAAAAACCGUAAAUCAACUGCCAUCCCAUGCUGAGAUAACCCAUACCCAUGCCCCUCUCAAUAUGGGGGCCUUGCCUUUCACCUCAACAAAGUAUGAGGCAGCCAUGCCAACCUCCAUAACAUCAGGUGCUGCAAAAAGACACUCCACCUCAAGUGCUGAAACUGAAGACCCCACCCAUGAACCAGAUAUUAGGAGUGAACAACAGCCCCUGGAAUCCAACUACCUGAUGGAGAUCCUAGAAGGUUCCAACAGUCAAGCUCACGCAGGCAACGAGGCAGAUGAGUUCGAGAGAAGGGCUAGAAAGGGUACACUUGAGCACCCACCAGGUCCUCCAUCAAGCCUGGCCACUCCCAGGUUUACAGAUCGGUGGUCACCACUAGAGGGCACUUCAGGGUUUGCAGCACACAGAAGUGGAGGGGCAGCAGGUUCACAACAACCCACUCCUGUUCCCGAGACUGGUGAUGAGGUGUGGGCUUCCGAGCCGGUGGCUGCCAAUAUAAGGGCUCUCCCACCUUUGCAUGUGUCCACCAAAGCACAGACACCCUUGGAAACACCCAGCAGCCCACCAGAGAGCAUCGCUACUUGGACACGCUUGCCCACCCUGACUCCCCUGGCUGAUCUCACUGCGGAAACUUCAGGAGAUGACCUGCCAACUUUCAAGGAAAUCCUGCCACUUGAGUAUCACAUCAAGGGCAGAGAAGUGAGGAGGCUGAGUCAGGAGGACACAGCAGAAAACUUCUCUGGGGAAGGCAAAGAAGAGGAGGAAAGCCACCGGGGUGCCACAGAGUGGACUUCCACCCAGGCUGUCCCUCAGCACUCUGAAAUGCCAAGACUGGCACAACUUUUCAGUGAAACAGAAGGCAGUGGCAGCAGAGAGGAAGCUGGGCAUCUGGUCAGGCAGGAAGCAUUGAACUCAACUCAAGGUACACCAGCUGCCCCCAUGAAGGAAGACACCUCGCUAGAAGUCUAUUCAGCUGUAGAGCCCACCUCAAAGGGAGUGGACAUUGUCAAGGAGGCUAUGGGGACAAAGGAGCCCCUUAGUGUCUCCACACAGCUAGCCAGUUUUGAAGCCCACCAGGAGGAACCAGAAUUGACCAGAGAUUUGGGUGAAGUCUCAAAACAGCCAAUCAUCACAAAAUCCCAAGAUGACUCUGCGGUGACAGAAGAAGCCUCACCACCAAUAGCCAAUAUAAUAGUCCACCAAGAGGACCCUGGGGUAACAGUGGAGCCAGGUGACAUCUUAUCACAGCCAGCUACAAUUGAAACUAAUCUAGAGCUCCACAGGGUGACUGGACAGACGGAUGGAGUCUCAUCACAGUUGAUCACUGUAGAGGCCCAUCCAGAGAAACCCAGGGGUGACUGGUGAGCCGAUGAAGUCUUCACACAUCUCAUCAUUAAAGAAGCCAACUUAGAAGAGGCUUGGGUGACUGGUGAACCUCACAAAGAUACAAGUCAGCUCGUCAACAUCAAGGCCAACCAAGGUGACACGCCAGUGACAGAGAAGUCCCUCAUAAUUGGAGCUAAUCAAGAAAAGGAUGGGGUGACAGGGGAGCAAAUUAAUUUGAGAGAAGAUGAUCCUAAAGUAACAGAGGAUCCCCCCAAUGUUUGGGCACAUCUGGCCAUCACUGUAGGCAAACAAGAAGAGAUUGAGAUGGAGAAGCCUGUAACUGUUGCGACUCACCAGGCCAUCACUAAUGCCAACCAGGCAAACACUUUGGUAACAGAUGAUUCCCUCCAAGGAUGGACAAACCUUGAGAAAGACAUUGUGACAGAAAAACCGGACAAAGUGUUUACUCAGCCAAUCAUAAGUGAAGCCCACCCAGAUGAACCUUUGGUGACAGAAGAGUCCAACAAUGAGCUGGUACUGCCAUUCACCAUAGUUGGCAAGACAGCUCCUGGAGGCACUGAAGUGACCUCAGCAAUUGUCACUGAGAAUCCACAAGAUGUCGCAGAGGUUAGAGGAGCUGUUGACUUUGUCCCACACCCAACGGAUGUGCUGCCCUCUUCGGGAUUAGACCUGACCGUUAUUUCCACCACAGCUCUCUCCGGGGAGGACAUGAAUGUCACGCCUUCAUCUACUGCCCAUUUGGCCACUUCGAUGGAAAACUCAUCAUCCAAAACUGAGCACACUCUCUAUGUGGUGUCUUCAUCUACAGUUGUCCCUGAAUCCAAAGAGAUUUUGAACACUGACCAGGAUAGCAUGGAACACAUGGAGCCUUCAAAAGUGCAACUGCAAGAAGCUGUGUCUGAACAUCCUGGGAUGCAGCCUACUGAACAGAGCCAGGCUUUCAAAAAGUCAAUGAUGAACGAGUCCUACCAAGAGGAGCACUCAAGAGAUCAAGAGGUCAGACACUCUGGUGAGUUGGAGAUGCACUCCCCCGAAACACUGGAUGAAUCAGAACAGCUGAUCCAGCUGCCCUUGGCGUCCCCCUCUACACCACCACUUUCUCCCAUGGACGCCACAGUGGAACACACCAAUGCCACAGUGGGUAACCAGCCACCAGCAGAAGGCACAGAGGAGUUAGGAGGGAGUGCAGCUGGCGAGGAGACAGGAGCCGGAGCUGAGCCAGCUAUGGUUGAACCCUGUGGGACAAACCCAUGUCUUCAUGGAGGUACUUGCCUGUCAAAUGGAACCCUAUCCAGCUGUGAGUGUCAGCCAGGUUAUUCUGGAGAGAACUGUGAAAUUGACAUCGACGACUGCCAGUCCAACCCUUGCAAGAAUGGCGGCACCUGCAUCGACGAGAUCAAUUCCUUCGUCUGCCUCUGCCUACCCAGCUAUGGAGGAGACACAUGUGAUAAAGAUACAGAGGGUUGUGAGCACAGUUGGAGGAAGUUCCAUGGUCACUGCUACCGAUACUUCUCACACAGACACACAUGGGAGGAUGCUGAGAAGGACUGCAGGGAGCACAGCGGGCACCUGGCCAGCAUCCACUCACUGGAGGAGCAGAACUUCAUCAAUGGUCUGGGCCACGAGAACACUUGGAUUGGCCUGAAUGACCGGACGGUGGAAGAGGACUUUCAGUGGACAGACAAUAUGGCUCUGCAAUACGAAAACUGGCGUGAAAAUCAGCCUGAUAACUUCUUUGCUGGUGGAGAAGACUGCGUGGUGAUGAUUGCCCAUGAGUCAGGAAAGUGGAACGACGUACCCUGCAACUAUAACCUGCCUUACGUCUGCAAGAAAGGAACAGUGCUUUGCGGUUCACCCCCUUCUGUGGACAAUGCCUUUCUGAUUGGCCGUAAGAGGGCUCACUAUGACAUCCACUCCACCGUGCGGUACCAGUGUGCCGAUGGUUUCCUGCAACGCCACGUUCCCACCGUCAAGUGCCGCAGCAAUGGAAAAUGGGACCGGCCAAAGAUCAUCUGCAGCAAAUCGAGGAGAGCUCAUCGGUCCAGACGUCACCACCACAAGGCCAGAAGGGAGUGGAGGAAACACCGGAAGCACAUGGACGAGGGCCGCUGGAGAGAAGACAACAGAAAUUAUUUCUGAAAAGCAUAAAGAUAUUUAACACGAUCAAAACUCAGAAGACAGAAGAAAACAAGGAGAAAGUGAGCCUGUGGUCUUGUCUUAUGACGCUCCCAGUGCAUGCUGGGAGAAGUGGUUUUUCAGUUGGGAGGCUAGGAGAUUGCUGCCGGGCUUCAAGGAGACACACACGCACACACCGGUCUUUGACUCUCAGACCACAGUUCCUACAAAACAUAGCCUUGAAAUUGUAGGCUGCUUUCUGAUUGGUUGGUUGGUUGUUUGAUUGAUUGGUUUAUUCAUUGGUUUGCUUAUUGAUUUAUUUUUAUUCUGACUAGGUUUCAUUCUCUUCUCUCUUUAUCGUCUGACCCUCACUCAAAGGUGUCACUGUUACGUCCAGCAGCUGGACACGUGAUCCGGACCUGGUUUCAAUUUCCCAGACUUUGCUGAUGCGAUUCUUCACUUUUUCUCCAAAUGCCCCCUUUCUUGUUGCUCUGGCCAGGACAUCUUGCUGUCUUAGGCUCCAGUUGUACUUUUGAGUCCAGCCUUCAGCUUUGGGUUCAUCAAAGUCAUUCUUCUUAGAUUAGUGCCCAUCAAGAAGAGGAAUAUCAGUGGAAAAGCUUGGGGAGUUCUGGGGUCCUGUUCAAGGAGUGGGGAGGAAGAGAACGGUGGGGGUAAGGGUGGUAGAGGCAAUGCUGGACUGUUUUGGGGCCACGCUCUUGAAGGUGUACUUCAGUGGUCAAAUUCCUGGCUCACUACUUAAUGCUCACCUUGCUAUAUGCUCGACCUCUCCAAGUGAUUUGGGAUUCUUCUGUCACCUGUUCACUCUGGCAGCUCAAGGGCACAUUGAAAAAUAAGACCUUACACCCAGGUGGCCGACCAUACACUGCAUGAAGAGCCCCAGGCACUUCUUCUCUGUCAUUACCAAGCAUUAGACAGACCAUUGCAGGACAAGUACGGCCGCUGUGAUGUGAAAGAGUGUGCCUGUCCUCCAUGCCAAUUGAUGCCUGUGUUCGCUGUGCCCUGUACAGUGCCUUUCAUACCAAAAAGUGGUGGCAGAGCUCAUAGUAAAGUUAGUUCUUCAAGUAGUCUUUAAGUCUCUUCCUUUAUUGGAGAUGGUUUCUUAAAGUAAACAUUUUUGCCUGCUCUGUGGCAGAACAGCUUGGACCUGUUCGGACCUUAGUGCUUGGUUUUGGCUGCUGGCUGACAUGUUUUAUCUCUUUACCUGUUUAGAUUAGUGUAAAAAUCUGGCAUUAAGGCCCAAAAAAGCAGAAUGUUCGAUUUUCACAAGGUUAAUCCAAAUACUUCAUCUGAAUGGCCAACAUUGUACUUCCAGCAUUCAGAAUCCUUUUGAUCUGCACUGACUUGGAAGCAAAGUUCCAAAGAAAUGCUUGGGCAUCACUAGUGAUGAGUGAAACAGCUGAACAUUUUGCACAGAGUUUUACAAAUUUGCCCCUAAAAUUCAUUUCACAUGUGAUUUUGCAAUUGAAGUGAGUCAGUCAGUUAAUUUCUAAUCCGCUUAGUCCUGAACAGAGCCAUGCCAUGCCAUGGCUGAAGCCUACCCCAGGCAGCACAGGGCACAACACAGGAAUGAGCCCUGGACAGGGUGCCAGUCCAUUGCAGGGCAAACACACACACACACACCAACCACACACCAGGGACAAUUUAAUAUGUCCAAUCCACCUAAUCCGCAUGUUUUCUGACUGCAGGAUGAAACUGGAGCACCCAGUUUCACUCACAGAGACACAGGGAGAACAUGCAAACUCCACACAGGGAGGAUCUGUGAUGAACAGACCUACAUGGGUACAACAAAACCAGCCACGUCUGUGAUCUGCUUUGUACAAAGCGCCAUUACUCCAAUGCCAUAAAGAUCAGCGAAUGUCCUGAGUGUACUACCAGAGAGAAUGAAAGAAAUGCCAUAGCCUGCCCUGCAUGGAAUACCACAAAGCAUGAACAAGAAAACAGCUGUUUCGGUAGUUUUUUCAGAACCAUUGUUUUUCAUAGAAUAUUUCUUUUAAAGUGCAAAAGAUUGAAUGUUUCUGCUAAUGCCAUCCCGGUCUGCUUUACCAUAAAAAUUGAUCGUUUUUAGAGGGAUUUCAUAGGAAAAGUGGACACUUACUACAUUUGAUAAUAAAUUGAGAAAUAGAGCUAUUUUUGGGAUGUUUUCAAAAGAUCUUCAUUAAAUAGACAGAAUACAGAAACACGUUAAACAAAAGAGCCUUUUCACCAAAGCCAAAACGCUAGUCAGAGAUCAAAUCUAAUUCUUUGUCGUCACUUCUUUUCUUUCUUCAUGAAUUUCCCCUACUAUUAGUUAUCACAGGCAUCCAAAGUUCUGAAGUACAGGAAGUUUGUCCAGGCCACUGCCUUUUCUAGUGGUAGCAUAAUGGCAUCCAGUAUUACUUCACUAUCAGACUACAUGGUUAGCAAUGAAAGUCAAUGUUUUUACUAAAAAUAACACAUGACACAGCAGCACCUCUCAAGAAAACUUCAACCAACAUGGCUCAACUAUGUCACAAAAAUAAUGAUAAUAAUUAAUAAUAAUAAAUUGUGCUGCCCUGUUUCAUUUUCUAGAUUAUCGUUACUUUUUAAUUAGUUAUUGUGAUGCCACCAUUGUGUUUUCUAUCCACACUCAACAGUCAAGUCACUGGAUACGACAUAUGAAUUGUGUAGGGCUGUGGCAGCAAACAGCUAAGCCGUGGAAGGCAGGACAGUCCUGGCGCCUGUGGGGUUCUGAAAGGUGAGUGAGCGGUGGCUGUGAAGUUAAGCUACCAUAUCAUUCAUGAGACUGCUGCAUCUGUGAAAUAUUCUAGAAUAUUUAAGUUCUUACGGAAGAGCCUUAAGCCUUUCACUUUUUCUCGUUUGGUCAGUUUCCAUUCUAACUGCAAGUAGUAAUGAGAAAAAUGAUUCAGUCAGUCAGUCAUUCUCCAACCCGCUAUAUCCAAGCACAGGGUCACAGGGGUCUGCUGGAGCCAAUCCCAGCCAACAUAGGGCACAAGGCAGGAAUAAAUCCCGAGCAGAGCGCCAGUCCACCGCAGAGCACACACACACAUCCACACACCAAGCACACACUAGGGACAAUUUAGGAUCGGCAAUGCACCUAAACUGCAUGUCUUUGAAUUGUGGGAGGAAACCGGAGCACCCGGAGGAAACCCACGCAGACAUGGGGAGUACAUGCAAACUCCACACAGGGAGGACCCGGGAAGGAAAAAUGAUUCAUGUAGAAUUUAAUUUGCAGUGAAAUUCAGUGUUUCACUUCACCAAAAAAAAAUCAUGCAAUAAGCAGUAUUUUGCUUCCUAUGAAACUCUUGCCAACGACACAAGAAGAGCGGCAUAUAAUUCAAGUCUGGAAGUGUCUUCAUGCACUCAUUCUGCAUGCGCCAGACUGUCAUUUAGUGUUUAAGAAAAUAUCUUAAGUGAAAAAAAGAAAAAUUGCCCUAAGUGUGCAUAUCCUCAACUAGGAUAAAACUGGAUUCAUUCAUUUUCAUUCAUUUAUUUUAUUUAAAGAGCACUAUUCGAGCAAUAUGCACAAAGUGCUUUUCAACAACAAAACAAAAAGGCAUAAAAAAAGAAUUAAAAAAAUAUGUAAAAAAAUUAACAAUGAAUUAAAAUAAACAGAUAAAAUACAUAAUAGAGAAAUAUAAAGACAAUCCAUCCAUCCAUCCAUCCAUCCAUCCUCUUCCGCUUAACCGAGGUCGGGUCGCGGGGGCAGCAGCUUGAGCAGAGAUACCCAGACUUCUUCUAGCUCUUCUGGGAGAAUCCCGAGGCGUUCCCAGGCCAGCCGGGAGACAUAGUCCCUCAAGCGUGUCCUGGGUCUUCCCUGGGGCCUCCUCCCGGUUGGACGUGCCCGGAACACCUCACCAGGGACGCGUCCAGGAGGCAUCCUGAUCAGAUGCCCAAGCCACCUCAUCUGACUCCUCUCGAUGCGGAGGAGCAGCGGCUCUACUCUGAGCUUCUCACCCUAUCUUUAAGGGAGAGCACAGACACCCUGCGGAAGAAACUCAUUUCAGCCGCUUAUAUUUGCGAUCUCGUCCUUUCGGUCACUACCCAUAGCUCAUGACCAUAGGUGAGGGUAGGAACAUAGAUCGACUGGUAAAUUGAGAGCUUUGCCUUACGGCUCAGCUCCUUUUUCACCACGACAGACCGAUGCAGAGCUCCAUUCUUCCCUCACUCGUGAACAAGACCCCGAGAUACUUGAACUCCUCCACUUGAGGCAGGAUCUCGCACCCAAUCAUGAGAGGGCACUCCACCCUUUUCCGGCUGAGGACCAUGGUCUCGGAUUUGGAGGUGCUGAUUCCCAUCCCAGCCGCUUCACACUCAGCUGCGAACCGAUCCAAUAUAAAGACAAGCUAACAAGAAAUAAGUACUUGUCUAAAAUAAUGUGUUUUUAAUUGACGUUCUAAUUAGAUGCUCUAAUAUCAAAGAGAAGGCAGUUCCAGAGUUUGGGGGCCACACCAGUGAAGGCUCAAUCCCCUUUUGUUUUUAAUCUAAUGUGCGGAAUAACAAGUAAGCUCUGAUCAGAUGAUCAAAGAGGUCUGCCUGUACGAUAAAAGUCCAGCAUGUCUUUAACAUAAACUGGAGCCAGACUACUCAGAGCUGAUCUGUCUUAACCUGGAUCCUAUAACUAACUGGCAGCCAAUGUAGUGAGGCGAAUAUUGGGGUGAUAUUAGCAGAGAACUUAGACUCAGUGAGGAGUCCUGCAGCAGCAUUUCGCACCAGUUGCAGCCUAAACAGAUUUAUUUUGCUAAAGGUUGAGAGUAAGGAGUAAUAAAGGCAUGAAUCAAAUUCUCAGUGUCCUCAAAGCCCUCUGUGAUUUCUAUGCAAUAAAGGGGAGUUUGGGGAGACAACACGGUGUUGCAAUUUUUUGUGUCUUCAUGUGGAAAAUAUGCAGCAUUUCAAAUUAAAACGUACCGAACACUCAUGUGGUGAAGUGAGCUAGAGGUAUAAAUUAAAUUGAUUCUUCCAGUGUGGUACAGAUAAAACUCUUUACUCAGUUACAGACAAAAACACAGAUUAACAGGAGAAGUGUGAAUGAGGCUAAGACAGUGAUAGCCCUCGUAUUCCACCUAAGAAAAAAUGUCGAAACACCAAAAAACUCUUUAGUGAGCGUCGUGUUUUGCAAAAUCACCUGCACUGACAAAUUUUAGUGUCAGUUUUGUGUGCCAGUUGCCUGUUUCGCUCAUCUCUAAUUACAAGUUAGUAGCUGCAGUGAGCCAUGCUGAGUAGAUAACUGCCAGUGGACACUGGAGACGCACUUUAAUGGUACUUGAAAGUGCAAUCCGGCUAAAUUAUACACAAUCCCUAUAUGAGGUCCAUAUUUAAGGGGGGCUUUGAUAAAAUGAAUAGUCAUUGUGCACCACAUGUAACAUGCUUUGAAUAUUGAUGAAGUAGGCCAUUUUAAAAAGGUCCAAUCUGACCCUUAGACCUGGAGUUUGACACCCCAUCCUAUAAAGAUGUAACCUUGUCCCCUUCAGGCCAAACCAACCCCAAGACCCCUGUAAUCUGAAGGCUGGCAUUCAUGUCCCAACCCUUCUCCUCUAACCUUUCCCCUUGUUCAUGACAGAAAGAAAUUUAAAACAAGGAAACAGCAUUAGUGUGAAUGUGAGCAAGGAAUUCCAGCUCCACCUUGGCCAUCCUGCCUUCUCCGGCUGGUCAGGCAGCGCCCCCUUUCUCAGCAGUUCCUUUAGUUUCCUUUUCACUUCCUCACUCCUAGCUUUAUAAAAAUAAAAAAAUCAGGGUUAAAAAAAUAAUAAAAGACAACACAAAGUUUUCAAGAGAAUGUGGAAUUCCUGGCUUUUAGACUGGAAAUGAUUUUUUUCUUUCGUUGUUUCUACUCUCUGUGAUGUUGUACAUAUGUGUGUGCUUUUGACAUAUCCCAAUAAAAGUUUGAUGUGUUUGUAAUUUA